GACAUCAUCAUUUUCAGCAUCACCAGCAUCUCCUUGUUCAUAUACAUAUUCAUAUUCAUAUUUGCCUGAUUGAUUUAUAUUAAAUUUUCCUUCCAUAUCAUAAGGAUUUCAUCUUUGAUCGCGUUUCGGGUAUUCUGGCUUAUCUGCUACUAUAUCUGUAGUGAUCGUUUCUGAUAUACGGACGAAACGGGAUAUUUUCGUUCAUCCUAAGUGACAUUGCUAGUGUAUUGAGCCUGUUUAUCGAACGCUAGAUACGUACACGAAUCACGGGUUGUUCUUGGUUGUCAUUUAUUACUGGUUCGGUGACAAUUAAGGAUGUUUAGGAUUAUAUACUGAUAAAGAAUAUAGGUCGCGCCUUGUUGGACGGAUUUUAAUGUUUACUUAAGUCAAAGCGUAAUCUCAUUAGGGCUUAUGGUGGAAAUGGUUUUACUUCGAUGAUAUAGAAGAGCAUUAUGGAAGUGUCAAAAGUAAAGUUUCCGCUUGAUGCAAAGGAUUACAAGUUAUAUGAGGAAAUUGGUGAAGGAGUCAGUGCUUCCGUGUACAGAGCUCUUUGUGUCCCGUUGAACGAGACGGUUGCUAUUAAGGUUCUUGAUUUGGAGAAGUGUAAUAAUGACCUGGAUGGUAUCCGCCGGGAGGUACAAACUAUGAGCUUAAUCAGCCAUCCAAAUUUAUUACGAGCAUAUUGCUCUUUUACAACUGACCAACACCUUUGGGUUGUUACCCCAUAUAUGGCUGCGGGAUCGUGUCUUCACAUAAUGAAAUCCUCUUUUCAAGAAGGUUUUGAAGAACCUGUUAUAGCUACAUUGCUGCGCGAGGUCCUUAAAGCCCUAGUUUAUCUUCAUGCGCAUGGGCACAUCCAUAGAGAUGUGAAGGCAGGGAACAUAUUAGUUGAUUAUAAUGGUUCCAUCAAGCUGGCAGAUUUUGGGGUAUCUGCAUGUAUGUUUGACACAGGAGAUAGGCAACGUUCAAGAAAUACUUUUGUCGGAACUCCUUGUUGGAUGGCACCGGAAGUUAUGCAGCAAUUGCAUGGAUAUGACUUUAAAGCAGAUAUCUGGUCAUUUGGAAUCACAGCUCUUGAACUCGCUCAUGGGCAUGCACCUUUUUCCAAGUAUCCGCCAAUGAAGGUUUUGCUCAUGACUUUGCAAAAUGCACCACCAGGUCUUGACUAUGAAAGGGACAAAAAGUUUUCUAAGUCCUUUAAAGAAAUGGUUGCGGCUUGCUUAGUGAAAGACCCAAAGAAACGUCCCUCCUCAGAGAAGCUUUUGAAGCAUUCUUUCUUUAAAAAUGCACGGACAACUGAUUAUCUGGAGCAUACUAUUCUUAAUGGCCUUUUCCCCCUAGGCGACCGUUUUAAAAUGCUAAAGGCAAAAGAGGCAGAACUUCUCAUGCAAAACAGGGAAUUAUACGGGGAGAAAGAGCAUUUAUCACAGCAAGAGUAUAUUCGCGGAAUCAGUGCCUGGAAUUUCAAUCUGGAGGAUUUGAAGAAUCAGGCUUCCCUUAUCCAGGACUAUGAUGAAAUAUCAAAUGCUGAAGACCAAAAUGCUAGUUCAAAGCAGCAAAACGGGCUCAAUGAAGUAGGUUUACCAGCAGAGAGGUCGUCUCCAGAAAUGUCUGAUCGUUCAGAUUCAGCUUCUCACCAUGAGGAUGCAAUCAAUGAAAUACCUGAUUUGGAGAGUUCAUUUGCGGCAUUUCCGUUGAAGCCUAUUGAAGCACUCAAGGGCUGUUUCGAUGUUUGUGAAGAUGAUAAGGAUGAUAAAAAUCCAUCAGAUAAUCAACAGAGUUCUAUAAAACCAUCAGUAGUAACUGAGGAGCUGGAAGUUGAAAGCAAUGAUACUGGGCAUGUUGUACAACGAAGUUCCUUACCAAGACCUAUCACUGAUGGGCCAAGAAAAUAUUUGAGUGGUUCACUGCUACCGGAUAAUUCUAAUUUUACUAAGAAGUUCGUUGACGAUGUUGACAGAGAUCUUAUGCAUUCAAGAUUAAAAACACAACGGAGUGAUAGUGGUCCACUUCAUAGUCGUCAAAGUCUUAAAAUGAAUGACCUUUCAUCCGUAGAUGAUGUUUCAGAAGGAGCAGUGGUCCAGCGCAAGGGACGUUUUAAAGUCUUUUCUGCAGAUCACAAUCCAAAGGGUCCAGGGUCCAAUCCUAUUUCCAGUGGUAUUUCCAGUCCUCAACUAUCAAGUGUAGCAGCUGCAUCUGUUAUUCCAUAUUUGCUGUCGAUUUUGCAGCAUAAUAGUAUGCAAAGGGAAGAAUUACUUAAAUUACUCAAGUUUGCAGAUCAAGUUUCUGGCAAUGCCAUGGAAUAUGUGGAAUCAGGAACCAAUGAAUUUUUGCAAAUCCCCGUAACUUCCCCGAGGGAAAGAGAACUGCAGUCCCAGGUUGUGCAGUUACAACAAAGCGUUGGCAGUCUUGUUGAGCAGUUGCGAAUACUGAAAAUGAGAAAUGCAAAGUUGGAAAGAAAUUUGAGCAAUUUAACAGAGAAAGCCCACGCUAAUCGUAUGCGUUUGAAGUUUUUGAUGGCUCAUUGUUGGUGUAUAAAUUUUGUGAGUGUGAAUGCACAUAUUUGUUUGUGAAUACAAGGAGGAAUGCAGGGCGGCUUGUACCAUUUCUCAAAAUAGCAUAUAUUUAUAGGGUCCAUAUACAUUUUGUUGUAAUUUACAUCCCCACAUUAUUGGAGUUAUUGAAAUUAUAUUUUACACAAAGAGUCGACCAGUGGCUCUGUAUCUUGUUGAAA